AUGGAACAAAUGAAAGCUGUCCGUAUUAUCACCGCGGAUAGUAAAACCAGCGCAGAACUUCGUGACGAGCCACUACCAAGCCCGGGUCGCCAUGAAGUGCUGAUUAAGAUGCGCGCGGUGUCACUGAACUACCGCGACACGGCCCUGUUGAGGGGGGAAUAUCCUCUGCCGACCAAAAAAGACGUUGUCCCCGUGUCAGACGGUGCCGGCGAAGUUGUUGCAGCUGGCAAAAACGUAACACGAGUGAAGAAAGGCGACCGCGUCACAGUUAGCUGCUUCGCAAACUGGACCGGCGGCCCAUUUACCCCCGACUACCAUUCCAACAGCGUCGGCUUCAGCAUCGACGGGAUGUUGGCUGAAUACGUACUUUUCUAUGAAGACGCAAUCGUCCCCAUCCCGGACUAUAUGACCUACGCCGAGGCGGCCUCACUCCCCUGCGCAGCUGUCACGGCCUGGACGGCGCUGAACAAGAUCGAGCCCCUCCAACCGGGCCAGACGGUCCUGGUCCAGGGCACCGGGGGCGUCUCGCUUUUUGCGCUGCAGUUUGCGAAGAUCUUCGGUGCUCGUGUGCUCGCGAUCACGUCAUCGGACGAAAAGGCCGCGAAGCUCAAGGAAUUAGGUGCCGAGGCUGUGGUGAACUACAGCACCUGCCCGGACUGGGAUCGCGAGAUCCUUGCUCUGACUGAUGGAAAGGGGGUCGAUAAGGUGCUGGACAUUGCUGGAGAGAAAACUAUCGCCAAGUCUGCAGCGUCGACUAAGAUAACUGGCGUGGUUGUCGUCGUUGGCUUCGCAAGCGGGUUCGGCGGCGGCCUUCCGCCAGUUGACAUACUUGUUCGAACCCUGACUGUAACCGGAUCAACUAUCGGUCCACGUAUUGAUUUCGAGGCAAUGCUUACAGCGAUGCAGAAGCAUGAAAUACGGCCUGUUAUUGAUCGGGUCUAUCCCUUUGCGGAAUAUCGCGAGGCUUACCGGAGACUUGAGACCGGGCAGCACGUUGGCAAGAUUGUUAUCGAAGUCACUCACUAG